UAUUGAGAUUUCAAUUGAAUUGCAUUUCAGUUUUGCUAUUACUGAAUUAGUUCCACUAAGAAUUUUUUGUAGAAGUAUCUGUACCUUUUCAGUAAUUGUAAAAGAGUAAAUCAGAAAUAAGUCUUUCUGACCCAUCUGGUAGUUCUAGUGUUAAUACAUUUUUGUGAAGAGAUUUUUGUGACUGAGUGUAGUUCAGUAGUUGAUCGUUCGAUUCAAGUAGAGUCCGUUAAUGCAUACGGGCAUUUUUGAGGAUGUCAGUAUUUCAAAACAGUCGACAGAAAAAUAGACUAUACGCACAGUUUGUACUUAUUUUAAGUACGUCUUCAAUAUUUUUGAUUCUAAUUCCCCAUCAUUUAUAGCGCAGCAUUAUGCGAAACGAGCCCAAGUCAAUAUGAUAGGGUGUGACACGAAAAUGAUAAGACACUUAAGGAAAUCUUCCUAUUUUCUUAUCACAUAUUAAAUUUUUUGACGUAAGUUACCUACUAAAUGUCAAUGGAAGAGGGUUUUGCAACAAAAGCUAUACAUGCUGGACAAGAUCCAUUACAAUGGAGUCACUCUGCAGUGGUAGCUCCUAUUGUUACGUCUACAACUUACCAACAAGACAGACCUGGAGAAUAUAGAGGUUUUGUAUAUGGUAGAAGUGGCAAUCCCUCAAGGAAUGUUUUAGAAAAAUGUUUAGUAGCUUUAGAAAAUGGGAAACAUGGAUUUGUAUUUGCAUCUGGUUUAGGUGCUAUAGUAGUAAUAAAUUCAUUAUUAAAAGCUGGAGAUCAUAUCAUAUCUGGGGAUGACAUCUAUGGUGGAACAAACCGUCUUUUUAGAAAGUAUUUGUCUCCACAUGGCAUUGACCUAACAUUUGUAGAUGCAGGUGACGUAAAUAAUAUUAUAACUGCUGUUAAACCAAAUACAAAGAUGCUUUGGUUGGAGACGCCUACAAAUCCUUUACUUCAGAUAAUUGAUAUCAAGGCUGUAAGCGAAACACUCAAAAUCAAAUUUCCUGAAAUUAUUAUAGUGGUAGAUAAUACUUUCUUAACUUGUUACUAUCAGAGGCCAUUAGAAUUAGGUGCAGAUAUUGUAAUGUAUUCUUUAACGAAAUAUAUGGGUGGGCAUUCAGAUGUUGUUUCUGGUGCAGCAGUAACAAGGAACGAUGCUAUUGCAGAAAAACUUCGAUUUUUUCAAAAAUCUUUGGGUAUUGUGCCGUCACCUUUCGACUGUUAUUUAAUUAAUCGUAGUCUAAAAACAUUAGAACUCAGAAUGCAACAACACAUGAAAAAUGGAUUAGCAGUUGCAAAAUUUUUAGAAUCACAUCCUUAUGUGAAGAAAGUAAUUCACCCAUAUCUUCCGUCACAUCCACAGCACGAACUUGCCCUUAGACAAUCAUCUGGUCAUAGUGGAAUGAUAUCAUUUUACCUUAAAGGUGACUCUAGGAAAUUUUUAACAGCAUUGAAAGUGUUCGCAUUAGCUGAUUCGCUUGGUGGACCUGAAUCUCUUGCUGAGUUACCAUCUGCUAUGACACAUGCAUCACUUCCUGAAGAAACAAGAACAGAAUUGGGUAUCACUGAUCAAUUAAUUCGUUUAUCUGUUGGCCUUGAAACAGAACGUGAUAUUUUGGCUGACCUUGAUCAAGCACUCAAAGUUUGUCAGGAAACUGAAGAAAAAUAAUGAAACUUGCAUUGAUAUAUAAACUCUAUACAAAUUCAAAUAAUAAAUUAUUGAUUUCUAUAGUAUCAGCGGAAUUGAAUUUUAAUAAAAUUUAUUGUUAUGUAUUUAUGUAUUUCGCGCAUAUGGUUCCACCGAACAGCCACUUAAAACGCGAACGUACGUUUCAUCGAGGAGUAGGUAAAGGAUGAGAUAUAAUAAUGUAAUGCAUUAUAAAUAUUCAGAUCCCAAAAAUUGCUUAAUAGUUAAAUUCCGUGUGAUACAUUUGAGAACUAGAAUACACACAUAAACCUGCAUCACAUGAUUGAUAACAAUAACUUUUUGGUUAUGUACAAAAAUAUCAGCGGGUGACUAUAUUCACCAGUAGGACACAGUGAGUGCGCGACAGUGGGUGACUAGUCACCGCUAAUAGCAAAAGGGUUAAGAUAUUCGUGACUGGCAGAUUUUUCAGUUUAGUAAUACUCAUUGUCGGUGAAAAUUAAGAAAAUCUUAAGCUAAUUGUCGCGAAUUUCUACCGUUAAAACAAGGACAAAAGCGGUUUACAGGCACAGAGAGCAUCUGUUGACCAAACGAAUCUGCUAAGGGCACCAUACACGCUGAAACAUGCUGCGAUGCAAACGGCAACUUCUAUAGUUUCACAAUGCAAGUUGAGGCGUGUGUAGGACGGACACAGUAGCAGUAACUGGCAUCGAUGUCAGACUCCUGCAUUAGUUGGCAAAGGAAAGACGGUUUAGAAUAGAAGAAGACGAACAGUUUCCAAAAAAUAGUCAUCACUGUUGCUGUCGUAAAACAAUUUCGACCACAUGCCGUUCGCUUAGAACUGAAGUGGAGCCAAUGCAUGAAUCAGGAGUUCUGGCAUGGUUGGGAGCAAAAACUCCAGCGAAACAUGAGUAAAGGAGACCUACUUACCUUUUAAAACAGCACCAAAAUCAGGAUUUUAGGAAUUCCCGAAUACGUCACGCCACGACUGAAGAUGACCGUUACGUUGGAGGCGUGUGUUUCAUCUAACGACCGCCUCCUUGCCGAUCACAAAAAAACAGAAUCCACCAAUUAGGAGUCAUCACUUUGCCAAGCACAGCUUUAAAGGGAGCUGUCUUGGGCCGCAAUUACAGAUAUUCAAAGUCGUACGGACGAACGACAGAGAUUUCUCCGGGUGACUCUUGUAAUAUUGACGAGAGGACUCUUGUAUAUUACGUGGUCACCUGCAUUCUGGACUUUCGAUACGUCAAAUCAACAUCUACAUCAUUGUUAUCCUUGUAUCCUUGCUGUUAAGUUUGUUAUACUUACAAUUAUAUUGAUUCUUUGCACAGUGCACGACGGAUUAUUUAUCAAGUUUAUUCUUCGAGUCGGAUCUUAAGAAACUAAACACAGCGUACUUUCGAUUCAUUGUAACGAGUCGCACAGUGCGCCAUCACAUUGUACUAGUUCUUUUCUUAUUCUAAGAGGUUCUAUUGUAAUUUUGGUAUUUUGAAGCGUAUCUAAUACAUACGUAGUGCGGUCCAUAAGUUCGUGACCUAAGAUAUUUCCGUCGCAAAUUUUACCGAAUGAUUAUUACGUCAAAGAACUUCUAUGUUUUAUUAAUAUGCAUACGUAGUUUAGUUGCGAUGCGAACAUCAGUUUCCGAGCAACAGACGAAAAAGCAAGUGCAAGUUGGCGAGGAGAAGAAAAAAAUGGAAAAACUUGAACAUCGUGCGGUAAUUAAAUUUUUAACUAUAGAAGGAUUAACGCCAAACCAGAUCAAGGAAAGGAUGGAUAAUGUUUAUAGCGACUCUGCAUCGUCGUACAGUCUGAUCAAAAAUUGGUCGAAGUUAUUUCGUUGGGGAAGAGAGUCAAUCGAAGAUGACCCACGCAGUAGUCGACCGGUUAACGAGGCCAUACCAGAAAACGUGAAGUUAGUGGAGGAAAUUGUUCUGAGUAAUCGUCGAUUAAAGACGAAGGAAAUUGCAAAAAGGGCAACGCUUUCCAAGACAACUGUUCUUCGUAUCCUUCAUGACCAUCUAGGAAUGUCAAAAAUUAGUGCACGGUGAGUGUCACGAAUUUUAAGUGCUGUCCAAAAGCAGCAGAGGGUGAGGUGCUGUAGAGAAUUUUUGCAGCUGUGUGAAGUGGAUAAGCAAGGUGUUAUCAAGUCAAUAGUAACUGGUGAUGAAACAAUGGUGUUGUAUUAUGAUCCAACAUCAAAAAGGGAUUCGAUAGAAUGGCAUAAGAAGGGAGAACCAGCACCCAAGAAAGCGAAAGUCACACAAAGUAAAAAAAAGAUUAUGGCCACAAUUUUCUGGGAUUGCGAGAGUAUUCUUUUUAUAGAUUUCAAGCAGCCAAACACCGCUGUGAAUGCCGAAUAUUACUCUAACCUUUUGCACCAAUUGCGUAAAGUCAUUGUUCAAAAACGCAGGGGAAAAAUUAGCCGCGUUGCUGCUCUAACAAAAAAUCUACCGUUCGCAAAUUACGCUUUACUGAAAUAAACCAUCCACCGUACAGUCCAGAUUCAGCUCCUAGCGAUUAUUUUUUAUUUUCAAAAUUAAAAGCGGAUCUCAGGGGAAGGAAAUUUGGCACCGAUGAAAAGGUGAAGGAAACCGUCAACGAACAUUUUAGAAACAAAACUUCAGACUACUUUUACAGCGGUAUAGAUGCAAUUAUCUAAAGGUGUAAAAAAUGUAUUGAAAUAAAGGGUGACUAUAUUG